UACCAUUCAAGAAAUAUGAUAAACUAUGGUGGUGAUAUAACAAUAAGGAUAUCAACCUCCAGGAUUCGUUUUAAUGAUGACAAAUGGAAUAGUGGCAUGGUGUUCACAAGUUGUUUUAAGUCAAAACCUAGUUAUUAUAAAGGUGUUCAAAAUGAACCCUUAAAAGAAAUGACUGUUGGAAAUUUGAUUGAUUUUGCGGCAGAAAACUACCCCAAUAGAGAGGCUAUUGUAUCAAUUUAUCAAAAUCGUAGAAUAACAUUUUUCAAUUUAAAACAUGAGAUUGAUAAAAUAGCGGCUGGUCUUUUGGAAAUGGGCCUAAAGCCAGGAAAUCGACUUUGUCUUAUGGGCUCAAAUUCCAUUGAAUGGGAAAUUACACUAUUAGCAUCUAUAAAAGCAGGUUUGAUAGCUGUAAAUAUAAAUCCUUUAUUUAUGAAAGACGAACUUCAUCACUGUUUAGAAAAAGUUGAUGCAAAAAUAUUAAUUAUGUUGGAAAACAAUCCAAAGCAAAAUUAUUAUCAGCUACUUAAAAAUAUGAUUCCGGAAAUCGAACAACAGUCUCAUGGAAAACCCAUAACCUCUAGACAUUUAACGAAUUUGGACUUUAUUGUGAUGAACACAGAAGAAAAAUUACCUGGAGUUAUCAAGUUCUGUGACUUACGUCAGUCGGCUACCGAAAAAUCGAUUGCCAAUUUAAGAAAAAUUAACCUUAAGCUAAACCCAUAUAAAAUUUGCAACAUUCAAUUUACUUCUGGAACAACUGGUGCUUCAAAAGGAGCAUGUUUAACACAUCAUAAUAUUGUCAAUAAUUCAUAUUUCUUAUGUAGACGGCUAUUAUUACAUCAAAAGCAAAAGNGAAUUUUACUUCAAGUUCCAUUUUUUCAUACAUUUGGGACAGUAAUUGGAAUUAUGACAAGUCUUAAUAGUGGAAGCACAUUAGUAUUACCAACGUAUGGAUAUAAGCCUUUAGAGUCAGCAAAAGCCAUAAUAAAUGAAAAGUGUACUUUUUUGUACGGCACACCGACAAUGUAUGUUGAUUUACUUUCUGUAUCCAAAGAACUCAUCAAAGAAGGAUUUGUGUUUGAAACACCAGAAAUGGCACUUUCAGCGGGAGCUUUGUGUUCACCCGAUUUAUUUAAGGAAAUCAAAAAAACAUUUAACCUAAAACGUUUAGUUUCACUUUAUGGAAUGACAGAAGCCAGUCCUAUUGUUUUUCUUUCUAAUCCUAAUGAAACAGAAGAACAAAUGUGUACGACUGUCGGUCAAGUACUCGAUCAUUGCGAGGUUAAGGUUGUAGAUAAAAAUGGUUCCAUUGUUCCAAUGGGUACACCCGGUGAAGUUUGGUUUAAAGGUUACAACGUGAUGCCAGGUUAUUGGAACGACGAUGAAAUGACAAAAAAAGCUAUUGUAGAAGACGGUUGGCUUCGUUCGGGAGACAUUUUAGUAUUAUACGAAGACGGAUAUGGAGUAGUGAGUGGCAGAAUAAAAGACAUCAUCAUCCGAGGUGGAGAAAAUAUUCAACCUCGUUCAAUUGAAUAUUUUUUAGAAACUCACUCGGAAAUUAUUCAAGCACAGGUUUUUGGAAUCCCAGAUGAAAGGCUCGGUGAAGUUGUAUGUGCAGCUGUUAAAGUUGUUAAGAACUCUGAAUUAAAUGAAAAUGAUAUAAAAAAUUUUUGCAAUGGAAAUAUAGCAAGGUUUAAAGUUCCAUAUCACAUCAUAAUUGUUGAUGACUUUCCAAAGACUUUGUCAGGAAAAAUUCAAAAAUUCAAACUCCGUGAAUUAAUGAUUGAACAUUUAAAAAAUAAUAAUAAUUAUACACUUAAGUAAAGAUUUGAAUUAUAAUUCUUAAUUUAAAAUAUGCUAUACUAGUUGAAUUAUUUAAAAUUAUAGUAAUUUUUUAUUUAUUUUAAAUUAACUGUUAAUAGUAGUAGGGUGGAGUUAUAAAAUUUUAUACUUUUUACAAUCAAAAUUUAAAAUUAUAACUAUAUUUCUGUAAAAAAAAUAAAUGUUUCUAUUAUUUAUAU